AUGUAUUCCAUUUUUGGAUCGGUCCCUAUCUUGGCCGCGGUGGCCAUACAACUCCUCCUUUUACCCAGCGUUGUUUUGUCCCUUAACAUUACCAAUGAGUAUCUCCACCAUGCAUGCAACAACACCCAGGGGAAAUACAAGCCAUGGAGUGUGUUCGAGAAAAAUCUCGACAUUGCCCUCAAAAACAUAUCCGCCUCUAGUUUGCGCAACGGUUACGCCCUUGUCUCCAAUAUGAAUAGACCCUACAAAAAUAUACCUCCCGAUACCGCCUUCGUCAUGCUCCAGUGUCGUGGCGACUCCUACGGGUCUAUGUGUCAUUCAUGCCUCGCCACAGCCCUCUCUGGGCUUCGUAAGAAAUGUCCGAGAAACAAAGCAGGAACAAUAUGGUACGACCAAUGCACACUGGAUAUUUCUACAUACAGUGCAGGUGACACCAGAAUCCUCUACGAUAAUUAUUUAUGUAUGGAGAACCCAAAGGACCUGAGCGGAGAUAAGGAGAUGUUCGAUAAGAAAAAGACGGCUUUCACCAAAGAGCUAUUGUCUGAAGUCAGCAAGUUGGGAUACGACAGCAAGGGGCCACUGUAUGCAACGGGGGAUACGAUGAUCGGGACAAAGAAGCUUUAUGGAAUGAUGCAAUGUACGGACGAGUUAUAUGAGAAUGGUUGCUAUGUAUGUCUACAGUGGCUUACCUUGUACCAUCCAUUCUGCGGCGAUGGAAAACAAGGAGUUAGAUAUUUAGGUAGAAGCUGUAAUGCAAGGUUUGAGCUUUAUCCUUUUCUUAGAACUUAA